AUGGCUGUUCUCGAUAUUACCAAAGAUUUACCUACCCUCUUUAAGAAACAGGUGCAGGCCACCCCGGACGCCAUUGCGCUAGAGGAUGAAACAACCUACACAUACCAACAGCUGGACCACGAGGUCGAAGCUCUCGCCAGCCGAUUGCGGACCUAUGGGGUGAGCCGUGACACCCUCGUGGGUGUACUUCUGCCACGCAGCGCACAUUAUGUGAUCGCGUGUCUGGCGGCCCUUCGCGCCGGAGGAGCAUUUCUGGUGCUCGAGCUGGCUUACCCCGCGGACCUCUUGGCGGAUGUCAUUGAGGACGCUAGUCCUGCCGUCAUCAUCACCCAUCGAUCUGAGGCCGAGAAAAUCAAGGCUCCUCUACCAGUGAUCGCCCUGGAUGAUCCAGUGGCUGAUGCCAAUGGGUCCGCCAAGGAACCUUCUCCAUUGCCGGCUGAUGAUGAUUUGGACCGUUUAGCCUUUGUGUCUUACUCGUCAGGAACCACCGGCAAACCCAAAGGAAUUGCCAAUCCUCACCGCGCUCCGGUUCUGUCUUAUGAUCUCAGAUUUGCUGUACAGGAUGUACAGCCUGGGGAUCGGGUGGCUUGCAAUGUCUUCUUUAUCUGGGAAAUGUUGCGUCCAUUGUUGCGGGGAGCGACAGUGGUGAUUGUGCCAGACGAAACCAGCUAUGAUCCGGCCGCCCUGGUCGACUUGCUUGCGGCCAAAAAGGUCACCGAGACCCUGAUGACACCCACGCUGUUAGCCACGGUUCUCUCCCGCUACCCGCGAUUCGGCACACGUGUUCCCGAUCUGAGAAUUAUUUGGCUCAACGGUGAAGUGGUGACCACAGAUUUGGCUCGCAAGGCCAUCAAGAUUCUUCCCAACACUCGCUUGCUCAAUUGCUACAGUGCAUGUGAAACACAUGAGAUCGCCUGCGGAGACAUCCGCGAAAUCAUUGAUGAGGAAGCUCUCUACUGCCCAGUUGGCCCACCGCUCGAUCCUUCACAUACGUAUGUUUUGGACGAAGCUGGCAAACAAGUCGAGACAGGCGCAUCAGGAGAGCUAUUUAUUGGCGGUCCCUUGUUGGCCCGGGAAUACAUUAACCUCCCCGAGGCCACUGCCAAGGCUUUCACACCUGACCCCUUCGACUCUACACCCGGCGCUCGGGUUUACAGGACUGGCGAUCUGGCGCGCAAGCUGCCUUCCGGACUCCUCGAGAUUACUGGCCGAGUUGGCGCAAUGAUCAAGCUCCGGGGCUACUCGGUGGUGCCGGCAAAGGUGGAGAGCGACAUCUGCCAAUAUUUGGCUGUUAGCCAAUGUGUCGUGAUCGCUUAUGGUGAGGGCCUUGACCGACAACUGGUUGCAUAUAUUGUCGCCGACAAGGAGGCGUCAGCUGAUCGCCCAGCUGUCACCAUCAACGAAUCUGGCCACAGCCCCGCGGCGCGCCGUGCUCUCGAGAAGAACCUCGCACACUACAUGAUUCCCGCCCUAUGGGUUGCACUGGAGGAACUUCCUACUAGUGAGGUCUCUGGAAAGGUUGACCUGAAGAGCCUCCCGACCCCCCGCAGUGGCAGCCCUAACGGCAGCGAACAGAGCGCCGGAAAGGACCCCAUCGGUAUCAACGAUAUCGCUGCGAUUUGGGAAACUGUUCUGAAAAUCUCGAAGAAUUUGCUCAAGCCGGAAGAUAGCUUCUUCGAUCUUGGCGGACACUCUUUGUCUCUGGCCGAUCUAUCAUCGAAGCUUUCGCGGCGUUUCGGUUUCCGUAUUCCGAUCCCCCGUCUUGCUGAAAAUACCACUCUUUCUGGUCACCUGGACACAGUGCGUGCAGUUAGAGACGGUCAUACUGAGGAGGUGCAAGCCAAUUUGCCCGCAGUUCUGCUUUCUGACUCUACUCUGGAUGAAGACAUCAAGCCUUCCAACACCGCCAUCACUUCGAUCACUGAGGCAAACACAGUGCUUUUGACUGGUGUGACUGGUUUCCUGGGCGCUUUCCUGCUGAAUGACCUGAUCGAGAACACCUCGGCUCGGAUCAUCUGUCUUGUUCGCUUCAGUGACCCAGAGCAAGAUGAUCAGGCUGGAGGUGUGGCUCGGAUUCGUAGGAACUUGUUAGACAUGGGACUUUGGCGCGACUCGCUUCUGGAGCGUGUCGAGGUCCUUCCUGGUAACCUUUCUCGUCCUCGCUUGGGUCUGUCUCCCGAUGUGUUUGAUGACAUCGCGUCUCGCGUCCAAGUUAUCGUUCACGCUGCCGCGACUGUCAACCUUGUUUACCCCUAUGCCGCACUUCGCGGUGCGAACGUCGGUGGAACCAGGGAGAUUCUUCGCCUGGCCGCUAAGGGAGGUGCGACUGUUCAGUAUGUUUCAACUAACGGCGUCUUGCCAUCGUCAGGAGAGAACGGCUGGCCCGAGACUACCAUGCUGUCUGCGGAAGAGGUCCCUAAGAAGCUGCUUGAUGGCUAUGGUCAGACCAAGUGGGUUGCUGAGCAGCUCGUGCUCAAGGCUGGUGAACGCGGAUUGCCAGUCAAGAUUCACCGGUGUGGUACCAUCAGUGGCCACAGUGUCACCGGCUCUGCUAACGCCUGGGAUUUGCUGACUGCUUUGAUUGUUGAAUCUAUCCAGCUUGGAUAUUUCCCAGACGUGGAAGGCUGGCGCGCAGAGAUGACUCCAGUGAACUUUGUCAGCAAAUCUAUUGUUCACUUGGCCACCCAAACCCAGACCGACCAGACUGUGCUCCACUUGGGCGAUCCCAAGCCGGUCGACACCCGAUCUGUCUUUGAGGAUCUCAAGGAGCUAGGUUAUGAGACUCAACCCCUCCAGUGGGAUGAGUGGGUGGCUCUUUGGUUCGAGAAGAGAGGUUCAACGAAGGGUGGAGAUGGUUCUUUCACUGUCGAUAUUCUUCGCAGUGGUAUGCCGACUGUCGAGUUCCUUCGGGACAUCGUGGUCCUCGACAACGCCCUGACUAGACCUCUCCGUGCCGAGGUCGAGCGACCCAAGGUGGACAGCCUAUUGCUGGAAACCUACACCCGACACUGGUUUGCCCGAGGAUGGCUGCCCCGUCCUCCCUCUCGUCAACGUGCUCUAAGCCGCCCUGUGGAGCCUACCGUGAAGGGUCCUCUCAGCGGACAAGUGGCCGUGGUCACAGGUGCAUCCUCAGGCAUUGGCGCGGCGGUAGCAGCCGCCCUAGCCAAACAAGGCUGUGCCGUCGCACUUGGCGCACGACGCCUCGAUGCUCUCGAAAGCACCAAGCGCAAAGUCGAAGCCCACGGCGUCAAGUGCAUCCUCCGCUCAACCGACGUCACAAGCAAGACCCAAGUCGAAACCCUCGUCCAAGCAGCAAGCGAAGAGCUCGGCCCGGUCGACAUCCUCGUCGCCUGCGCCGGAGUGAUGUACUUCACAAUGAUGGCCAACACCCAAAUGGACGAAUGGGAACGCACAGUCGACGUCAACUGCAAGGGUCUCCUCCACGCCCUCUCCUCCACAGUCCCAGGCAUGCUCUCCCGCGGCCGCGGCCACGUCGUCGCCAUCUCUUCAGACGCCGGCCGCAAAGUCUUCCCAGGCCUGGGCGUCUACUCCGCCAGCAAGUUCUUCGUCGAAGCAACCCUCCAAGCCCUCCGUCUCGAGACCGCAGGCGCCGGCUUGCGCGUGACAAGCAUCCAGCCCGGUAAUACAUCCACAGGCCUGCUAGGCAUGUCAACGGAUACCGAAGCCGUCAAGAAAUUCGGCGAGCCAUCCGGAGCGAAGAUCCUCGAUCCUUCGGAUGUUGCUAAUUCCAUCGUUUACGCCCUCACUCAGCCGGAAUAUGUCUCUGUCAAUGAGAUCCUGGUCGAGCCCCGUGAUGAACCUAUUUAA